AGAAGAAGAAGAGGAGUUGGUCUGGAUGUGACUCGUUAUGCUGCAGAUCCAGUGAGUGGCUGUGGAGGAAUACAUGGUCGAGUCCAAAAAAAACCCUCAACAUCUGUGUGACACUUUGCUUGCGGAGGAUCUAUAACUCAGUGUGGUCGCGAUGGAGACAUGCACGCUCCUGACAUGGAUGUGCGUGUGUGUGCUGGUGCGUCCGCUGAAGAGCCAGAAGCCUGACGGAGUGCUGAACUGCUGCGAGGGUGACGUCCUCUUCCUGGUGGAUUCCUCGGGGAGCGUGUCAUCCUACGAGCACUCCAGCAUGCUCAGCUUCCUCUCAGAGCUCCUCCUUCCCUUCGCACUGGGAGAGGACCAGGUGAGGGUGGGACUCCUGCAGGUGGGCACCAAACCUCGCCUCGAGUUUGGCUUCGACACCUUCGGCACCCAAAGCGGCCUCCAGGGGGCUUUGAAGAACAUCAAACCUCUCAGGGGGGAUACAAACACCGUGGAGGCACUGAAGAUAGCAAAGGAGCGGGUGCUGAAGCCAGGAGCUGUGGGCGGGGCCCGGGCGGGGCUCCCAAGGGUUCUGGUGUGGUUGACGGAUGGGGUGAAACCAGGGGACGUGGUUGGACCAUUGACUGAGCUGCGGGAGGAGGGCGUGGCCGUGCUGGUGGUCUCCACUGGACACGGCAACUAUCAGGUGUUGAGGAAGGUGGUGAGUCCGCCUGUGGAGGAACACCUCUACUUUGUGGACAUCGACGAUAUGAGCAUCAUCACGGAGGACCUGCGGGACGCCAUCAUUGAGAUAAUCCGGGCCGAGCGAAUCCAAGUCCGCGACGUGUCCACCAGCUCUGCCACGCUGCAGUGGCGACCCGUUCUCUCCGGUUUGACGGGCUACUACGAGAUACGUUUCGGCCCGGUUCAGACGGGAGGCUCGACAAGUGGUGGAGGAGGAACGGGGACCAGUCCGAGCACCGGUGGGAGUCAUUACGAGAGACUGACUCAGUCUGCCGACUCCAGCAGUGCCAGACUGACGGGCCUGAAGCCGGACACCACCUACACCGCCACACUGACCCCGGAGUCCAACCAACAAGCAUUUAACACUCUCUCUGUCGACUUCACAACAAACCCAGAGGUGCUGAGCCCGUCCACCGUGACCAUCUCUGAGUCUGGACCAACCAGCGUUCUGGUGAGUUGGGGGCCUCUCCAGCCAGAGAAGGUGACGAGUUACUACAUCGAGUACUCGGCCCUGCCCAGGGGAAAGCUCCACGCUGUCACAGUGGGCAGCAAUCAGAACUCUACUCUCCUCAGGGACCUCCAACCAGACACCACGUACUUGGUCACCAUCAGCGCCCGGCAUGCCUCGGGCAAAGAGAAAGCUAUGUCCGUCAAAGUGUGCACUCAGGAAGUGACUCCGGCCCUGGCAGACCUCCAGCUGACCACCGUGGGCAGUGACUCAGUGCAGGUGGACUGGAAGGGCAGCGUGGCUGGUGUGAGGGGCUACUGGCUCACCUGGGAGGGGCAGCGUGGCUCUGGCCCUGUCCCCGGCCAGCCCUCCUCCCUCUACUUGCCGCCCGAGUCUUUGUCGACACGCCUCACCCACAUACCCCCGUCGGCUAGAGUGUGCGUGUCACCCAUUUACCGGAUGGCCCGUGGGGAGGGGCUGUGCUGCACGGCACAGUUUCAUUCAGAUGCGUUAGCAUAUGGCUUCCAAUCAUAGCACCCCUGAACUGCAAGUGCACCUCACCAUACAUGGAGGGCUGAUGGCGAGAAGAAUGCUGACUUCCAUCCAUAACUCUUUUUUCCGUGGCUCUCCCCUCCGCGGACAUGAUCCAGGAGCGAUGUGUGGUUUGGCUCCCUGAGUGCUCACUCAUGUGGAAGCCAUAGACACUUGAGCGCGGUGUGGGACAAUACGGCUACUUGAUGACUGCUUUCUGCAACACAGGGGACUCCCUUUUCCAUUUCUACUGUUUCGUCUGGUUUACACCUGUAGUCGAUGUAUAAUGCUUCACUGUAAAGUCUAAAGCAAGCUUGAGAUAAAGAUAUUUCUUUGGUCUGUUUUGUAAAUGCAGAGCAGAGCAUGCUGGGAAUAUUGGGUUCCUUAUGUGGCUUGUUGUGGAGAAAAGCUUUGCUCCAUAUGUGGGCCUCAUGCCCAAAUCAGAAAUUUUCUUUCAAGAGAACAUCUGAUUUAAAUUUAGAAUAAAUACUUUUAACUUCAAUGAAUUCUCUUUGAGCACAUGCUCGGAUAUAUUGGAUAGUUGUGUGUGCACUCACUGGUCUGUGACGAGGUAACAUUUACAGGCCGUCCCUAAACGCAGGAUCUUCAGAACUGCUUUCAACAUCCAAGAAACCCCGACCAGACCAGCCACAUGCCUUGAAACUACGGAAAUGCUGCAUAUAAUACAGACGUGUGUAACUAAGACUAAUCUUGUAAUGGUCUUUGGACAUAGAUCCAUCGUUCAUAUUUAUUAAUCAAGAAUCAUGGAAGUAUGAGAAUUACUAGGGCACAGUAUUUACAGACAUGCUGUUUACGUUUUUAAGACUGUUACCUUUUUUUAAGCGAGACUUUGCUGCCCUCUACUGAACAGAUCCUGAUCUUUCACUGCUCUCUCAGAGCAAAUGUAUUGUUGUUAUGUUUGUUGACCACUAUUGAAAUUUAACAAGAGCUUGCAAUAAAGACCUUUAUAAUUUUGUUUAUACGAAA